AUGGUUAUCGAUGAAGCCGCCCCCGCCAUCCUCGACUGUGAUGCAGUGGUCAUCACAGCAUCGGCAAGCCAGUUUGCUACACAAUCGGCAUUCAAAGAGCGUGUCGUCUGUGAUACGGUGCAGGCUCUGGACCAUCACGACUUUGUGUAUACGGACGUUCCCACAGCGUGGGGGAGUCGGUAUUCGAACUAUUAUACGACAGUUUUCGCGAUUGUCUUCACGUCGGGUCCAUACCGGACGAUCCGUAAGGAGCCCGAUUACUUCCUCCGCCCUGACGGCCUCGAGUUGCCGACUGUUGCAGUCGAGACCGGUUGGAGUGAAUCACAACCCUUACUUCACAGAGAUAUGAAUGUACUGCUCGUGGGAGGGGACCCUAACAUCAGAAGAGUAUUCAUACUGAAGUGGACAAGACUACAGUCGGGGGUCGGGGGCUCCGUCGAGCUAUGGAAGAGGCAAGUUGGACAGCCUAUCCCAAUUAUAGUCCAACGUGAGAUAGUGUUCCCUCGGCCGGCAUCUGGCAACGCACAGACAUUCUCUAUGAAAAGACGAGAUCUUUUUGGGUCGACGUUAUUGCGCGGUAGAAAUGGUGACGAUGUCCUUCUGUUUGACGUCGAGCUGCUACGGGUCAAAGCGGCCGAAGCUCUACAGCGUAUGAAUAUGACACCCGCGGUCUAA